AUGACGAGAAGCUUGCAGUCUCAUCAACCGUCAGAGAUCGCAGGGUGGCCGACCCUGUGUCGUGCAGGCGGCCCCCCCGGCGCGGACCUGCCGGCCAUGCUGCGCAGCACGGGGUUCCGCGGGUCGGGCCCGCGCAGCCGCGUGCAGGCGGUGCUCUUCGAGAAGGCGCUCACACUGAGCGACACCAGCCACCUUGGCAGGAUCGUCCUCCCCAAGGGCUGUGCGGAGAAGUACCUCCCCCCCAUGGACGAGAAGGAGGGCCGCCCCAUCGUGAUCGAAGACAACUACGGCGCGCGCUGGUGCUUCCGCUAUCGGUUCUGGCCGAACAACAAGAGCAAGAUGUACGUGCUGGAGCACUCGGGGGACUUUCUGCGCGCGCACAGGCUGCGGGUGGGCGACGUGGUGCAGUUUUGCCGGUCCGAGCUGGGGCACCUGAUCGUGCAGGGCAAGAAGGAGGCGGCGCGCCAGGCUGCGGGCCUGGCUCCCGGCGGCGCCUCGCCGCGGGCUGCCCCUCUGCGGGCCCCCCGCGAGCUGCGGCCCCCCACCUGCAAGCGCUCCCCAGCUACAAGCCGCCCGCGCAGGCGCGGCGCGCGGGGCCCGCUAAUCCCCCACCCCGGCGUGGCCAGCUUUGACGAGGUGCGCGCCAGGGCACGCGAGGUCAGCAUGACAUCAGAGGAGCUGCUGAGGAGCUCCCGGGAGAUCCGGGCAGAGAUGCGGGCCUCUCUUGCGCGGAAGGAGGGCGGGGGCGUCUGCUCAGCGGCGCCGUAUGGAUCCGACGAGGCGGACGAGCAGCAGUUCGAGGCGGACCCGCAGAAGGAGCAGCGGCAGGGCAACCACGAGGAAGAGGAGGAAGAGCAGCUGCAGGGGCCGGUGGGCGCGCCGGGGCUGUACGAUCUCCGGGCCGGCUUCUCUCCGCCCCGGCCUCCGUCGGUGCCCCCCCUUACCGGUGAGGGGCCGUUCCGGCUUGCGUCGCUGUACCCCGCUCACCUGUAUUCGGAGCUGGCCCGCAGCAGCUCCCCGGGCGCCGUGUACCAGCCCAUCCCGCGGCCGACCCCGCACUACUUGGCGCCGCCUUGGAGCGGCGCACUGCAAGCCUCGUUGUUCCCCUGGGCGGGGUCGUUCGCAGGCACUCCGGGCUUUGGCCUCGAGACUGGGCCACCGGCGUUCGGGGGGGUCGGUCUGCCGCUGGGGGGAUUCAAUCUAGAAGCGGCCCCGCCCGACGUCACUUAUGCUGGCUCUCAUGAGCGUGACGAAAGAGAGACCCCCACGAUGGGAGAGAUUCACGAAGGGCGCUGGCAGCGUCCGGUAGAUGCAGAGCGGGGGGAGGCCUCAGACGACUCGAGCAGAGAGCGGGCCGCAGGCAACUCGGAAGAAGGAGCACAGGCCGGUCAGGAGGCGGGCCGGGGCGACGCCGCUGCAACGAUUGGAAGAGAACUGGACGAAGACAGGCACGGCGAGGUGAAGGAUUCGGACGCGGACGGCAGUGCUGGCAGGGGUGCUGCGGCAAGUGGGGGCUUGCAAGCGAUGCCUCGGGGGGCGGGGAUGGAUGCCGUGGAGCACAGCCUGGCACUACUGAGCGGGAGGGGGGGCCGCGACAUGGCCGAGGCGGGGGACGCGCAAGGUGGAGGGCGGGGUGCCAGAGGUGAGCGGCAAAAGAAGCCCGGCGGAGCUCCGCAACAAGGUUGGACUUCUGAGACCCACACUGAGAAGGGCUUAGACUGCGUGGAUCAACAACCGUUCUUGAGUGGGACACCAGCUCCCUGUCCUAAGGCUCCCCUUUUUGCCGUCCUGACAGGCAAAGGGUGA